AUGGCUAUUGAAAGAGAACUUCAUGAAGAUGCCUUGGAACUCAAGGAAAUUGUGGAGGUCCUGAAUGCUGCUGGGUUAAUGAAGAUUGUCAAGGGUCUUGGCAGAUGUUUUAACAACUUGGUAAGGGAGUUCAUUGUAAACAUCCCUUCUGACUGUGAUGAUGAAUCAAGUGAUGAGUAUAGGAAAGUCUUUGUGAGGGGGAAGUGCAUCAAUUUUUCUCCUGAAGUUGUGAAUGAGUUUUUGGGGAGAAGUCCUAGUGUUGUGACUGAGAAGGAGCCAAAUUUGAACAGGAUUGCUAACACCCUUACUGGGAAGCUGGUUAAAAAAUGGCCUACAAAAGGUUUGCUCCCAUCUGGAAAGCUGACAGCCAAAUAUGCUGUGUUAUACAAAAUUGGCACUGCAAAUUGGAUGGCAACUAACCAUUUGUCCGGUGUGACUCCACCUUUGGCCAGAAUGCUCUAUUUGGUUGGAACUGGUGGUGAGUUUGAUUUUGGUAAGUUGGUUUUUGAGCAGACUCUCAAGCAUGCUGGAUCAUUUGCUGUGAAGCUGCCUAUUCUGUUUCCAUGUCUUCUCUCUGAGCUUAUGGUUCAUCAACAUCCUGACAUUCUACGAUCCAAUGAGCCUCAAGGUAAGAAACCUCUGCCUCUGAAAUUUGAUUAUCGCUUGUUUGCUGGGACACAUGUUCCAGACAUCUUGCUGUCUGCUGCAAUGGGAACUACAAGUGCUGGUGGUUCUACGACACCUAACUCUAACAAGGAGGAUAUUGUGGCUGAAUUGAGAGAAAUUUCCAAGACCUUGCAUGAUACAAUCCUGGCAAGCAAAGUGAGGAAGUAUAAUGUUGAUCAACUGAUUAAGACUUUGACUAAUGCACCGGGGGAUGCUGAGAAGGAUACAGAUGAUGCUGAGGCUGCGGAUCUUGGAGUUGAUGAUGACAAUGUUGAAGGAGAAGAGGAUGUAAUGUAUGCCACUACUGGUGAAGAGGAAGCAAAAGAGGACAAUGACAAUGAGGAAGAGGAUGUCACUGGCUCUACCGGUUCUCCUACUCAUAGUGCAUCUCUCUGA